UAUUGGAAUAGGCAGUGUGCAGAAAAGUGCGAAACUAAAUUAGAUAUGCAAAUUAGAUUAAAACAAUGGAAAUCUAUUAUUGCAUAUUAAUCUUUUCGGCACUAUUGCAUUACAUCAACGGACAAACUCCUCCAUCGACCGAAGAGGAAGUGACCAAAUAUCUAAAAACAGUUUACGAACAGGAAGCGUCGCGUUUAACAAACCUUUUUGUGGAAGCCGACUGGAACUUCGCAACGGAUAUUGCUAACGUCGACAAAGAGAAAGCUAAGACCGCCGCAACCUUACAACUAGCCAAGUACACUAAGGAACAAUGGGAAAAGGUGUUUAACAAAGUAAAUGCUACGAAUUAUAAAGACCCAUUAGUAAAACGGCAAAUACAGCUUUUGAAAGUACUCGGCAAUGCAGCUCUUAGUGAAGUUAAACUUAAAGAGCUUACUUCGGCAACUAACUCAAUGACGAAUGUUUAUAGUACAGCAAAAAUUUGCCCGUAUAAAAAACCUAAGUGUAACAUAGCCACCGAAGGUCUAAGCUUAGAACCCGGUAUCGAAAGUAUCAUUUCUAACUCCAAUGAUUAUGAGGAGUUACAAUACGUUUGGAAGGCAUGGAGAGAUGCUACCGGAGCUAAAAUGAAAAGCACAUACAAACAAUAUGUCGAUUUAUCAAACGAGGCUGCCAAAUUAAAUGGUUUCAACGACAAAGGGCAGAUGUGGAAAAAUGACUAUGAAUCACCAAAGUUUGAAGCAGAUAUGGAUAAACUGUGGGCUCAAGUGAAACCCUUAUACGAUGAACUGCAUACUUACGUGGCACGCAAACUGAAAAAAAAGUAUGGAAAUAAAAUAGAUAUAACUGAUGGUCUUAUACCGGCCCAUGUUCUCGGGAACAUGUGGGGUCAAUCGUGGAUUAACAUUGGAAAGUUGGUCAAACCUUUUCCAAAUGUACCAUCAAUUGAUGUUACGGCCGCCCUAAAAGAGAAAAAUCGUACCGUAUUAGAACUAUUUAAAGAAUCUGAUACCUUUUACAAAUCGUUAGGAUUAGAGCCCAACGACAUGUCGUACAAUGAAACAUUGGGAGCUGUAAUAACUAAACCGAAAGAUAGAGAUAUUUUGUGUCAUGCUUCUGCAUGGGACUUUUCCAAUGGAAAGGAUUUUAGGAUAAAAAUGUGCACUCAAGUAAAUUAUGAAGAUUUCGUUACGGUACAUCAUGAGAUGGGGCAUAUUCAGUAUUUUCUGUUGUAUAAAGGUCAGCCGAUUGCUUUUCGCAACGGAGCAAAUCCUGGUUUUCACGAGGCCGUUGGUGACACUAUUGCUCUUUCCGUAACAACCCCAAAGCAUUUGGAGAAAAUUGGACUUGCAACAAAUUAUAUAUCAUCUCUCGCCGCGGACUUAAAUGUAUUAAUGGAUAUGGCUUUAGAGCGAAUCGCAUUUUUACCGUUUGGCCUUCUUAUCGAUAAAUGGCGUUGGGACGUUUUCUCAGGAAAGGUCCCUGAGAACAAAUGGAACGAGCAGUGGUGGAAAUACAGAGAACAAAUUCAAAAAAUAAAGCCACCCGUUUCCCGAUCGAGUAACGAUUUUGACCCAGGCGCAAAAUUCCAUGUUCCCGGGGAUUCACAAUACAUAAAUUACUUCGUAGCCCAUAUUUUGGAAUUUCAAUUGUAUAGGUCCUUUUGUAAACUCUCCCGACAAUAUGAUCCAUCAGACUCCAAAAAGCCGCUGCACAACUGCGAUUUCUAUCAAUCGAAGGAAGUCGGUCAAAAGUUAAGAGCGGGAUUAUCGUUAGGAUGGAGUAAGCAUUGGAAGGAAGCACUGAAGGAAAUGACCGGCGAAACCGAUCUUGACGGAACAGCGAUUCGCGAAUACUUUCAACCUCUUUAUGAUUUCCUGAAGGUUCAAAAUCAAAUUUACACUCAAGAUGGUUUGAAAACUUUUUUGGCCACGGAAUAUGAACGAGCGUCAUCGAGUAUGUCAAAUAAGGUGACUAUUGCUGAAUGGAAUUUAGCCACUGAUCUUGGGAAUCCUGACAAACAAAAAGCUCAAUUGCAAGCCAGUUUAGAAUCUGCGGAGUUUGACAAAAAGUACUGGACUACAGUUUUCCAAAAUUUAAAUGUGAACGAUUACAAAGACGAGGCACUGAAACGGCAAUUGAAAUCGUUAAAGAUGAUAGGAAGCGCCGCUCUAGACGAAAAAAAACUGACACAGCUGAUAAAUACACAAAACAAAAUGCAGAACAUUUACAGUACUGCGAAAAUUUGUCCCUUUGAUAAACAAAAAUGUGUGUUAGCAAAGGAAGGUCUUAGCUUAGAACCCCAUAUUGAAGACGUGAUGGCUCGUUCCAGAGAUUAUGACGAACUCCAGUACGUUUGGAAAGAAUGGAGAGACGCCACUGGUAAAAAAAUGAAAGAUAGUUACAAAACAUACGUUACACUUUCAAACGAAGUAGCCGUCGCAAACGGAUUCAAGAAUACCGGAGAAAUGUGGCAAUCCGCCUAUGAAUCUGACACAUUUGAACAAGACUUGGACAAGUUAUGGGAACAAGUAAAGCCCUUGUACAACGAGCUGCAUAAGUAUGUUGGAACUAAGUUAAAGGAAGUUUAUGGAGACAAAUUAGAUAUGAAAGACGGCUUGAUACCCGCGCACGUAUUCGGAAACAUGUGGGCUCAAUCUUGGACCAACUUGGCCCCGUUAUUGAAACCAUACCCGAAUGCGAGCUCGGUGGACGUUACAGCCGCUCUUAUUAAACAAGAAUACUCAGUGAAAGAGAUGUUCCAAUUGUCCGAUGACUUUUACCAACGUUUAGGACUAGAAUCAUGCGAAAUGUCUUAUGGUGAUCUUGCCUUAAUUGUUAAACCAGAAGGUCGAGAAGUUGUAUGUCAUGCGUCCGCGUGGGACUUUUCCGAUGGGAAAGAUUUCCGAAUUAAAAUGUGCACCAAUAUUAAUUACGAGGAUUUGAUUACAAUUCACCAUGAAAUGGGCCACAUACAAUAUGACAUUUUGUACAAAGAUCAACCUAUUACUUUUCGUGGGGCAGCAAAUCCCGGUUUUCACGAAGCGGUCGGAGAUACCAUUGCGCUCUCAGUUGCGACACCGAAGCAUUUGAAGAAGGUUGAGCUUUUAGACGAAAGCUACGUAAUUUCAAAGGAGAGUGAUUUGAACAGUUUAAUGGACAUGGCACUGGAAAGAGUAGCAUUCUUACCAUUUGGACUACUUAUUGAUAAAUGGCGUUGGGAUGUCUUCGCCGGAAAAGUAGACUAUAAGAAGUGGAAUGAGCAAUGGUGGAACUAUAGAAAAAUGUAUCAAAAGGUAAAGGCUCCAGUUUCCAGAAGCGAAGAUGACUUUGAUGCUGGUGCAAAAUACCACAUUCCUAGCGGAUCUCAGUAUAUAAAUUAUUUCGUUGCCCGCAUUCUCCAAUUUCAAAUAUACCGUUCUUUGUGCAAAGCGUCUGGACAGUACGAUCCCAACAAUCCAUCGCUACCACUACAUCAAUGCGACUUUUAUGAAUCGGUAGAAGCUGGAAAAAAACUAAGAAAGGGAUUAGCGCUAGGUGCAAGUAAGCAUUGGAAAGUAGCGUUGAAAGAAAUAACCGGAGAAGACUAUUUGGACGCCACGGCGAUGCUGGAAUAUUUUGAUCCACUUUAUAAGUAUCUACAAAUGGCUAAUUCGAAGGAUGAAGAUCAUCUGAAAGAGUACUUGUCUAAAGUGUACGAAUUAGAAGCGUCGCAGAAAGCAAAUAAACUAGCAAACGCACGAUGGGAUUUUGCUACCGAUGUGAAUAAUAAAGAAAAAGAAAAAAAACAAUUAGAAGCCACUUUAGAAAAUGCUCAAUUUAAUAAAAAAAAAUGGAGUGAUUUGUUCAAAAAUCUUUACGAAGGAGAUUAUAAAGAUGAAUCGCUUAUUAGGCAAAUUCGUUUUUUGAAGGUGUUGGGCAACUCAGCGUUGAAUGAAGACAAACUUACUGAGCUUUCAAACGCCGGCAGCUACAUGAAAAAUAUAUACAGUACAGCGAAGAUAUGCCCGUUCAAUAAUAAAGCGUGUUCCUUGGAAAAAGAAGGGUGGUCGUUAGAACCAGAUAUUGAAUACAGAUUGGCGCAUUCUGAGAACUACGAAGAACUUGAGUACAUUUGGUCAGAAUGGAGAAAAGCAACGGGACCAAAAAUGAAGAAGCGUUAUCAAGAUUAUGUCAGGCUUUCCAAUGAAGCGGCAGUUGCCAACGGCUUUGCUGAUAAAGGCGAAUUAUGGCGUAGUAGUUAUGAAUCACGGACAUUUAUAAAAGAUAUGGACCGAAUUUGGGAGCAAGUAAAACCGUUGUACAACGAACUACAUAGAUACGUUUUGAAAAAAUUGAAGAAAAAAUAUGGCGACGCUUUAAAUAUGGACAAAGGUUACAUACCGGCUCACCUUUUAGGAAACAUGUGGGCGCAGUCGUGGAUCAAUCUGAAGGACUUAGUCCGACCGUUUGAGAAUGGAACGUUAAUUGAUGUGUCGGAUGUUCUACAAAAGAAUUAUACAGUUAAAAAGAUGUUUGAAACGUCCAAUCAGUUCUAUACAUCUUUAGGUUUAGAAUCGUGCGCAAUGUCUUAUGGACCAAAAGCAGUAAUAGAGAAACCAAAAGAUCGUGCAAUCUUGUGCCACGCAUCCGCUUGGGAUUUUUCUGACAAAAAAGAUUUCCGCAUCAAAAUGUGCACAGAACGUAACUACGAAGACUUUAUAACCAUACACCAUGAAAUGGGCCACAUAGAAUACGAUAUUCUAUACAAAAAUCAACCCAUAUCUUUCCGGGACGGUGCGAAUCCAGGUUUUCAUGAAGCGAUCGGUGACACCAUCGCAUUAUCGGUGGCAACUCCUAAACAUUUGGAAAAAAUCGGCUUACUUCACAAUUACGAUAACAGUUACGAGUCCUCCAUAAAUACGCUGAUGAACAUGGCAUUAGAGCGGGUUGCGUUUUUGCCGUUUGGAUUGUUAAUUGAUAAAUGGCGAUGGGAUGUAUUUGCCAAAUUAAUCUCACCCGAAAAAUGGAAUUCUCAUUGGUGGCAUUACAGGGAAAUGAUUCAAAAAGUUACUCCUCCAGUAAGCAGGAAUGAUGCAACUGAUUUUGAUCCUGGAGCAAAAUAUCACAUUCCCGGCGACUCUCAAUACAUCAACUACUUUUUCGCACAUAUUCUGCAAUUCCAGUUAUAUAAAGCCCUUUGUAUCAAAGCUAAGGAGUAUAAUGAAUCGUCUCCCGGGACACUACAUACAUGUGACUAUUAUCAAAACAGGGACGCCGGUAAAUUGCUACGAGAGGGGUUAACUUUAGGAAAAAGUAAACACUGGAAGGAUGCGCUUGAAAUUAUGACGGGGUCCCGGGAGUUGGACGCAAGUGCGCUACUGGAAUAUUUCCAACCCUUGUUUGAAUUUUUGAAAAAAUCCAACGGACCUUUUCCCAACGACCAAGAGCUAAAGAAUUUCCUUACUUUAGAUUAUGAACGUUCUGCAUCAAUGAUCACAAACGAACAGACACACGCGGAAUGGAAUUUUGUUACAGAUGUUAACAAUCCCGACAAAGAACAAGCACAAGUAGCUGCGGCUUUAGAAGCGGCUCGGUUUAAAAAAAUAUACUGGGAUACUUAUUUCAAAAACUUAAAGACUGACAACUUCAAGGACGAAUUACUAAAAAAACAAAUUAAAUCGUUAAAACUCUUGGGAAAUGCUGCUUUGAAUAGGGAAGACUUCAAAAAGUACACAGAAACUGUUAAUGAAAUGACGAAGAUCUACAGCACAGCCAGGAUCUGUCCAUACAAACAACAAAACUGUAACCUGCAAACUGAAGGUAUACAAUUAGAUCCACAUAUGGUGAAUAUCAUGGCGACUUCUACCGAUUACGCUGAGUUAUCAUACGUUUGGGCGGAAUGGAGACGCGCAACAUCUGGCAUCAAGAAUAAAUACGUUAAAUAUGUUGACUUAUCCAAUGCAGCAGCAGAAGCGAAUGAAUUCAGAGACAAAGGAGAAAUGUGGAGAAGUUCUUACGAUUCCCCUACGUUUAUAAAUGAUAUGGAUAAGCUCUGGACUGACGUAAAGCCUCUAUAUGACCAACUACAUACAUACGUGGCUAAAAAGUUAAAAGAGAAGUAUAAAGAUGAAUUUGACUUCUCAGAUAAUUUAAUUCCAGCCCACUUAUUGGGUAACAUGUGGGCUCAGACAUGGACGAACAUAUUUCCUUUAGUGAAACCAUAUCCCAACGCCACUUCGCCAAACAUAACAGCAGCGCUUUUGGAGCAAGGAUUUACUGCCUUGCGCAUGUUCGAAACCUCAGAUGAGUUUUAUAAGUCAUUAGGUUUAGAAUCGAAUCAUAUGUCAUAUGAUGUUAGUUCAGGGGCAAUUAUUGAAAAACCAACUGACAGAGACAUCUUAUGUCACGCCUCUGCUUGGGAUUUCUCGAACGGCGCAGACUUCCGAAUAAAAAUGUGUACAAAGGUUAACCACGAAGAUUUCAUAACCAUUCACCACGAAAUGGGUCAUAUCCAGUACUUCAUCUUAUACAAAGAUCAACCUAUCACAUUUAGAGAUUCGGCGAACCCUGGUUUUCAUGAAGCAGUUGGUGACACUAUCGCGUUAUCAGUCGCAACUCCUGAGCACUUGCACAAAAUUGGGUUACUAAAGGAUAACAUAAUGACGAACGAGUCUUCUAUAAACACACUCAUGGAAAUGGCGCUUGAAAGGGUGGCAUUUUUACCAUUUGGCCUUCUCAUUGACAAAUGGCGCUGGGACGUGUUUAGUGGAAUGGUACCAAGAGAGGAAUGGAACUCGCGUUGGUGGAAAUAUCGAAAUGAAUUGCAAGGUGUAAAAGCUCCCGUUAAAAGAACCGCCAACGAUUUCGAUCCUGCUGCUAAGUAUCACGUCGCAGGAGACUCUCAAUAUAUUAAUUACUUUGUCGCUCGCAUAUUACAAUUCCAAAUGUAUAAAGCUUUGUGUAUAGAAGCUGGCCAGUAUGCGCCCCAGGAUAAUAAACCCUUACAUAAAUGUGACUUUUACCAAUCAGUUAAGGCUGGUCAGAAGUUACGUGCCGGUCUGUCGCUGGGAUCUAGUAAACACUGGAGUGAGGCAUUAUACGCAAUUACAGGAGAGAGGCAGCUCAAUGCAAGCGCUUUAUUGGAGUACUUCGAACCCUUAAUGGUUUAUUUAAAAGCACAGAACGUGGAACCGGAAGAGUCUAGUCAGUUAGUUCCUAUUAUCGUUGGUAGCGUUGUUGGUGCUGUUUUAGCUUUAGGAUUAACGGUCUUUCUAGUACGAAAGUUUCGAAAGAAAAAAGAUUAAAUAGGCAAUUGGUGAAAUGUUUCUGUUUAGUUAGUAGGUACUAAUAUGCAAUUGAACAAUUUAAAUUAACGAUCGAUUCUAAUGCAUUCAUUGUACGUUUUUCAAAAUUUUAGGAAAGAAUGUUAUAAGUUGUACCAGCAAUUUACCUCGAGAUAUGCUCAGGGUCUAACACAAAGGCUAUAAGAAAUUCAAUAGGUAACGCGAUAUCUGCUUGUAUUUUAUUUAUGAUCAAUUACCAAAAAUCUGCUACGCAUGCCACAAAUUAGAUACUUCAACUGCUAUUUUACUUUUGAUUCCAUGAUAUUUUACCUCUUUUGGUUUCUUGUGCUUCUACCAAAAAUUUGAUACGAGUAGUUUCUAUUGGUAAAAUUGUACAUGUAUAUACAUAUAGGUAAUAGACACCUAGGUAUUAUAAUUUAAAAUUCGUAGUUUUAUAUAAAUAUGUAAAUCGUUUAUAA